CCGAGCCUCCGUUUGAACCACGGCUCCAUGUCUCUGCGCGUGCCCGCGAGUGCUUCCACAGUUGCGCGUGCCUUCAGUAGAAACCUGGCUGGAUCCAGGAAGCAGCCAAUCAGAAGGCUCCUGGCGGAAAACACGGCGCUCAGGAAGAACCGGUCCGGACGGAUUCGGUCCAACACCUGCUGGCUCUCCUGGUUCUACUCCCGGCUUGGUUCCGGUUCGUUUGGGCCGCGUUGGACCGUCUGACCCGGAGAGAGAGAGGCGGUACCUGAGCCGAACCCAAAGUGAGCGAAACUCCGGGGGACACCUGUUGGUACUGGCCGAAGCGGAACCGGGUCGCCCCGCAGCGGGUCCAGAACCGAUCCGGAUCACAGGGACUCGGUGGACCCCUGAUGGGGGUCAGAGGUCACUUCUAGACGGAUUGCGGGUCUCGGAGGAAGAAUGUCUGUGAACGAGCUGUUCACCAAGCUGACCCGGGUCUGGGUCCCGGACCCGGACGAUGUGUGGAAAGCUGCAGAAAUCACCAGGGACUACAAGGAGGGCGAGGCGGUUCUGCACCUGCAGCUGGAGGACGGGACGGUGACCCUGGAGUACCAGGUGGGUCCGAAGGCCAACGCUCUGCCGUUCCUCAGAAAUCCCGACAUCUUGGUGGGGGAGAACGACCUGACGGCUCUCAGCUACCUUCAUGAACCCGCCGUGCUGCACAACCUGAGGGUCCGCUUCCUGGAGUCCAACAACAUCUACACCUACUGCGGUAUCGUCCUGGUGGCCAUCAACCCAUAUGAGCAGCUGCAGAUCUAUGGGGAGGAGGUGAUCACCGCCUACAGCGGCCAGAACAUGGGGGACAUGGAUCCUCACAUCUUCGCUGUGGCUGAGGAAGCAUACAAACAGAUGGCCAGAGAUGAGAAGAACCAGUCGAUCAUUGUGAGCGGAGAAUCUGGAGCAGGAAAGACUGUUUCUGCGAAGUACGCCAUGAGAUACUUUGCCACGGUGGGCGGCUCCAGCGACGCCAACGUGGAGGAGAAGGUUCUGGCCUCCAACCCCAUAAUGGAGGCCAUCGGGAACGCCAAAACCACCCGAAAUGACAACAGCAGCCGCUUCGGCAAGUACAUUCAGAUCGGCUUCAGCAGACAUUACCACAUUAUUGGGGCCAACAUGAGGACCUACCUGCUGGAGAAGUCCCGCGUCGUCUUCCAGGCUGAAGACGAGAGGAACUAUCACAUCUUCUACCAGCUAUGCGCCUCGGCCAGCCUGCCAGAGUUCAAAGACCUCAGUCUCAUGAGUGCAGAAGACUUCACCUACACGUCUCUAGGAGAGAACAUCUUCAUCGAGGGAGUCAACGAUGCUGACGACUUCAAGAAGACCAGAGAGGCUUCACACUGCUGGGUGAGACGUGAGAGCAGUCAGAGCAGCAUCUUUAAGAUCAUGGCCUCCAUCCUUCACCUUGGCAACGUGGCGCUCGUCUCUGAGCGGGACGGAGAGUCCUGCCACGUCGCAAGGAACGACGUCCACCUGCAGCACUUCUGCAGACUGCUGGGUGUGGAGCUGAAGCAGAUGGACCACUGGCUCUGCCACCGGAAGCUGGCCACCGCCUCCGAGACGUUUGUGAAGACCAUGUCCUGCCAGCAGGCCGUCAACGCCCGAGACGCCCUCGCCAAGCACAUCUAUGCCCACCUCUUCGACUGGAUCGUGGAGCACAUCAACAAGGCGCUGCACACCUCCUCCAAGCGGCACUCCUUCAUCGGGGUUCUGGACAUCUAGGGUACGUUCGAGACAUUCGAGGUGAACAGCUUCGAGCAGUUCUGCAUCAACUACGCCAACGAGAAGCUGCAGCAGCAGUUCAACUCGCAUGUCUUCAAGCUGGAGCAGGACGAGUACAUGAAGGAGGACAUUCCCUGGACCAUCGACUUCUACGACAACCAGCCCUGCAUCGACCUGAUCGAGGCCCGGCUCGGCAUCCUGGACCUGCUGGAUGAGGAGUGCAAGGUAAUGACCCGGGAAACGGAUCAGAACUGGGCCCAGAAGCUCUACAAGCAGCACUCCAGCAGCGGACACUUCCAGAAACCCAGAAUGUCCAACACGUCCUUCAUCAUCAUCCACUUCGCCGACAAGGUGGAGUAUCAGUGCGAAGGCUUCCUGGAGAAGAACAGAGACACCGUCUACGAGGAGCAGAUCAACAUCCUGAAAGCCAGCGAGUUCCAGCUGGUUGCUGAUCUGUUCCAAGACAAGAGUGAAGCUCCGCCCUCUAAAUCCUCCAAGGUGAACGUCCGCCCCCUAAAAACGGUUCCCAAAGUCCCCAACAAGGAGCACAGGAAGACUGUGGGACACCAGUUCCGCUCGUCACUCCACCUCCUGAUGGACACCCUGAACGCCACCACGCCGCACUACGUACGCUGCAUCAAGCCGAACGACUUGAAGGAGGCCUUCUCGUUCGACUCCCGGCGGGCCGUGCAGCAGCUCCGGGCCUGCGGGGUUCUGGAGACGAUCCGGAUCAGCGCCGCCGGAUACCCAUCCAGGUGGACCUAUCCCGACUUCUUCAGCCGGUACAGGGUUCUGAUGAGGAAGUCGGACCUGACGUCAGCAGACAAGAAGCAGGUGUGCAAGAACCUACUGGAGACGCUGAUCAAGGAACCCGACAUGUUCCAGUUCGGGAAGACCAAAAUCUUCUUCCGGGCCGGCCAGGUGGCGUACCUGGAGAAGCUUCGGACCGAUAAAUUCCGCUCUGCCUGCAUCAAGAUCCAGAAAACGGUCCGCGGCUGGCUGCAGAGGAUCCGGUACCGCCGGGUCCGCCGGGCCGCCAUAGGCCUGCAGAGAUACGGCAGAGGUUACCUGGCCCGCAGGUACGCAGAGUUCCUGCGUCAGAACCGGGCCGCCCUGAUCUGUCAGAAACAGUACCGCAUGGUCCGAGAGCGGAGGAAGUUCCUGAGGAUCCGGCGGGCCACGGUCACCAUCCAGGCCUUCGCCCGAGGCAUGUUCACCCGCAGGAUCUUCUGGGAGUUCAUGCUGCACCACAAGGCCAUGCUGAUCCAGAAGCACGUGCGCGGCUGGCUGCAGAGGAAGACUCAGGCGGCGCGUGACGCCGCCGUCAUCAUCCAGUGCGGCUUCAGGAGGAUGCAGGCCAAGCGGCGGCUGAAGCAGCUGAAGAUCGAAGCGCGCUCGGCUCAGCACCUCAAGAAGCUCAACACGGGCAUGGAGAACAAGAUCGUCCAGCUGCAGAGGAAGAUGGACGAGCAGUCCAAGGAGCUCAAGACCCAGAACGAGCAGCUGGUGUCGGCAAACGCCUCACUGGGGUCAGAGGUCACCAAGCUGCAGAAGCAGCUGGAGCAGGUCCGCAGCCAGCAGCCUGACGGAGGCCAGGUGGAGUCGCUGCAGGAGGUGGAGAGGCUGCGGGUGGAGCUGCAGGAGGCGCAGGCCCACAGGAAGAGGAUGGAGGAGGAGCACGGCCACGAGAAGCUCAGCCUGAGCCAGCGGGUGGAGGAGCUGGAGGGAGAAAACGCCGUGCUGAAGGCGGAGAAGGACGAACUGAACCGACGGAUCCAGCAGCAGGCCAAGAACUCCGCAGCCGUGGAGAGCAGCGCCUCCCUGGAGACGGAGCUGAACCAGGAGCGGGAGCGGUACCAGAACCUCCUCAAGGAGUUCUCCAGGCUGGAGCUGAGAUACGACAACCUGAAGGAGGAGAUGGCUCUGAGCAAGUUCCAACCCGGCCACCACAGGAACCCGUCCAACCAGAGCAGCGUGGAGUCUGAGGUGGGAGACACCGAGGACUCCGUCCAGCAGGUGGAAGAGAUGGGAGAGGAGAAUGCUGCCAUGGACAUCAGCCUGUUCCUGAAGCUGCAGAAGCGAGUGAGGGAGCUGGAGACGGAGAGGAAGAGGCUGCAGGUCAACCUGGACAAGAUGGAGGAGCUGGCCAAGCGCAAGGCUCCGGAGCCCAAGACCCCAACGCCGGAUGUGGCGACAGGAGAUCUGGCCUACAACAACCAGAAGAGACAGGAGCUCGAAACUGAGAACAAGAAACUGAAGAACGAGCUGAACGAGCUGAGGAAGUGCGUGGCCGAGCGGGCGGCGCAGGACGGCUCGUCCAAUGAGCUGCAGGACGCGUACAACCUGCUGCUCGGCCAGCUGAAGUCGGCCAACGAGGAGCUGGACGCCCGGAAGGAGGAGGUCCUCAUCCUCAGGACUCAGAUCGUCAGCAACGCCGAGAGGAGCAGCCAACCCAACGAAAGUGAGGUGGACGGAGGACCAAACAGCAACAAGGAGCCGCUGGACAAAGACGAGGCCCUCAAAGCGUCCAAGAAUCCAGAUGCUUUACAGCUGCAGGGUUUUGGAGCGAUGAAGAUGACUUUGUUAAUGAAACCUGUGAAGCUGCUGCUCAUGCCGACUGUCUCUGUCUGCUGUCCUCUGCUGCUGGACGCCAGGGACCUGCAGGACUGGUGUCUCCUGGACGAGGACGGGGAGCUGGGUCUGGCCUACCAAGGCCUCAAACAAGUAGCCAGGCUGCUGGAGGCCCAGCUGCAGACCCAAACCCGGCAGCACCGGGACGAGCUGGAGGCUCUGCACACCCAGAUCGAGCUGCUGAAGGACGACCUGGAGAAGAAGCAGGAUCUGCUCAACUACAUGUCUGCUCUGUCCCCCGAGGCCAAGGUGGACUACAUCGUCCAGCAGGAGCUCACACGGCUCACCAACAGCAACCUGGAACUCAAGGGCAUGGUGGAGAAAAUGGAGAAGAACGAGAAGAAGCUGAAGAAGCAGCUGAAGAUCUACAUGAAGAAGGUCCAGGAGUUGGCAGCUCAAGCGGCGGCUCACGAUGUCGACCAGAACAAGGAUGACAAGAACAAGAAGAUCCACCAGGUGCCCAAAAGGCGGAAGAACUUCGAGGGGAUGCUGGAGUACCUGAAGGAGGACGAGGCCCGGCUCAUCAGGACCCUCAUCACAGACAUCCGACCCGGCACGGUGUCUGCCACCGUCCCCUGUCUCCCCGCCUACAUCCUCUUCAUGUGCAUCCGCCACGCCGACUACAUCAGCGACGACCAGAAGGUCAUCUCUCUGCUGACCUCCAGCAUCAACGCCAUCAAGAAGGUCCUGAAGAGGAACAACGACGACUUUGAGAUGAUGUCGUUCUGGUUGGCCAACAGCAUCCGCCUGCUGCACUGCCUGAAGCAGUACAGCGGUGAGGAGGCCUUCAUGACCCAGAACACGCCCAAACAGAACGAGCACUGCCUGAAGAACUUUGACCUGGCCGAGUACCGGCAGAUUCUGAGCGACCUGUCCAUCCAGAUCUACCAGCAGCUCAUCAGGGUGGCUGAGGGCAUCAUCCAGCCCAUGAUCGUGUCGGCCAUGUUGGAGAGCGAGAGCAUUCCCAGCCUGGCCGGGGUCAAGUCCAUGGGCUACAGGAACCGCUCGUCCAGCAUGGACACGGACGCGGACGGGCCCACCAGCUACACCCUGCAGGGCCUCAUCCGGCAGCUCAGCCAGUUCAACAGCAUCAUGAGGGACCACGGACUGGACCCCGAGGUGGUGGGCCAGGUGGUCCGCCAGCUCUUCCACUGCAUCAACGCCUUCACCCUCAACAACCUGCUGCUGCGUAAGGACGUCUGCUCCUGGAGUACCGGCAUGCAGCUCAGGUACAACACCAGUCAGCUGGAGGAGUGGCUGCGAGCCAACAACCUGUUCCAGAGCAAAGCUUCGGCUACGCUGGAGCCCAUCAUCCAGGCCGCACAGCUGCUGCAGGUCAAGAAGAAAACGUCUCAGGACGCCGAGGCCAUCUGCUCGCUGUGCACGGCUCUGACCCUGCAGCAGAUCGUGAAGAUCCUGAACCUCUACACGCCUCUGAACGAGUUCGAGGAGCGAGUCACCGUGUCCUUCAUCAGAAACAUUCAGAGCGUCCUCCAGGACAGGAACGACCCGCCGCAGCUGCUGCUGGACACCAAGCACACCUUCCCCGUCCUGUUCCCCUACACGCCGUCCGCCCUCAGCCUGGAGGCCGUGGACAUCCCCGCCUCCCUGGGGCUGGACUUCCUGGUCCAGGUCUGACCCCGCCUCCCUGGGGCUGGACUUCCUGGUCCAGGUCUGACCCCGCCUCCCUGGGGCUGGACUUCCUGGUCCGGGUCUGACCCCGCCUCCCUGGGGCUGGACUUCCUGGUCCGGGUCUGACCCCGCCUCCCUGGGGCUGGACUUCCUGGUCCGGGUCUGACCCCGCCUCCCUGGGGCUGGACUUCCUGGUCCAGGUCUGACCCCGCCUCCCUGGGGCUGGACUUCCUGGUCCGGGUCUGACCCCGCCCCCCAGACUGAUGCUCGGUCUUCAUUUCCUUCCUCUGGUUCUUCCGGGUCGACCUCUGACCCUCCAGCAGAACCGGGCUGCGGUUCGGUCCGGUUCUGCUUCCCUCUAGGUUUAGUCGGAGGAAGGGGUGGAGCCGCUGCCCCAGGAGGGUUAAAGGUCAUUUCCAGGUUCUUCCAGAUGGAUGUUGAGUAGAAGAUCCGUCCCCAUCCCGCUGUCUCAACCAGAACCAGAACCCACCUAAUGCUGGAAGCAGAACUCUAAACCAAUCAGAACUCUUCGUCCUCCAGAUUUCUCACGGAUCAGAACCAGAAGUUACCAAAAUAAAAGCAUGUUAGUCUGCUUCCUGUGUGAUUCCUCCAGCUGAACUUUCUGUCGGUAAUAAAGUUUCAAUAUUUCUGUCA